AUGGGUAACUCUUGUAUGGAUGGUAGUAAUGAGAUAACUAUAGAAUUAUCGACUAUUAGUACGAUCUAUAAUGAGAACUUAUUUUAUGUAAUAUGGUAUUUGUAUAAAGAAAAGUACUCUAUCCCUAUUAAUUGCUGCUCAAAGUUUGAAGCACUAAAUUCAAAAGUCAAACUAGUUAGCAGUCUUUGUUUCGCAAGCUUCGUCUCUGCUCGCUCACCCGCACAAUUCAAGUCAGAAAGUACUAUAAGACCAGCAGAAGAUGGUCCAGAGGGGCGUAUUCGUGAGACAGAGCCUGAGAAAAAAAAACAAAGCAGAAAAUAUGAGGGAGGGGGGGUAAAGGUGGGAUGUUUAAUAUGUGAUCUUAUUUUUGAGCUACAUUCAUAG